AUGGAUCAGUCUUUCAAGCCGCUUCACGUAUCAUCUGAAGGAGUUGGGCUAAAAUUUCGAAGGUAAUAUCCACCUAGUUCUAAAAAACACUUUAUUUGAAAAUUCGAAUUAGAUUUAGAAGAGCACACCGUUGAGCUCGAGUGCUCAUUUUUGACAAAUAAGCGAAGAGUUACCUUUGAUAGGACUCUGCUAUUUACUGGCAUGAAACCAAUAGGAGGAGUAUUCCAAUACAGGUUUUUCCACAACAAGCAUGUAAUUACUAUUGAUAAUCCUCGGACAGACGCCGAUCUCCUUGUAGACAGUCUUUCAUUUAAUUUCUUAUACCAGCAAAGAAUAUGAAAUAGAUCUUAUCCUAAUCCAGGUUUUAAAAAAGAAAACUCACAAGGAGAAUACCCAAAAGAAACAUUUGGUAAGCCUGUAGAGGAUAGUAAAGCACAAAAUAGCCAAGUUUCUGACGUGGUUGAAGGUAAAAAUGUGAAAAAAGAACUAGGGAGCGAUUUUCUGGAAUUAGAUGCAAACGACCUGAGUAAUAAUUUUUUUACUGCUGGCAAUGGGAUUAGUGUAAAUUCCAAACAAAAUUUACAAGAAAAUAUACCUAUUCGUUUAACCAAAUAUUUGAUUGAUUAGAGAUGCAAAACGAAAUAUUAUGGGGGAAAUAAAUGAUAAUGGUAUACCGAGAAAAGAAGCACAGGGGAUAAUAAACUUACAGCUUUGUUUGAAAAUAAAGCAAAAACAUCAAAUUUUGAAAUAUCAGAUAAACUUCCUAGCCACACUCCUGUAUUCGCAAACAAAAGCCUCGCUAUGAAAUUGCCACAAAAUGGAAGCAGAGGGCCAUACAUUAAAAUGGCAUGGCGAACCCAAUCAACCCUCUUAACUUCUGUAGCUUUCGUCUCACAGGGAGUGCAGGGGCCUUGAGGCAGAAGGGAAGGCGUUCGGGAAUGUCUGUCCAGCCGUUUUUUUUUGGGGUAAUGUCGGGUUGAUCGACCGCAUGCUUUACUCCAAUGCCAAGUAAGUGCCUCAAUUGGAAAUGGGUCCGAGAGUUGGAAAGGGCGUCCUGGUCAAUUGAGACUAUUCCGAGGAGUUACCCCUGUGCUUGGAUUUCCAUUUUGGCCGAGAUUCGACCAGAAAAUUCAACCCUUUUGAAUUUUCCAGGUGGGCAACUCUGUUGGCAUACAGCAUGGCGACGCGACUUACCCAACUGCCGGAUAGCGAGUGCAGACCCUCAUCUGGCAGUAGCAACCAUCGAGAUGCUGUGAAACGCGAAUUAGCGAGCAAGAGGGGAAGCAUUUUGGGUGGUGAUAGUCUUUGUAGAAUAACAGCAGGCUUUUCUAUAAGAAUUUAUAAUUUAAUAGGGAAGCAGAGGUCCAAAUUCUCAAUCCCCUCCUCCAAUAACACAUAAGUACAGUCAAAGUCAAGAUUUACUAACAGACUUUGGGUUUUCAAGCCAAAUUCAAAGCUCUCCUCAUCAGCAAUUGAUAGAAACCCCUCAUCCUUUAGAAAAUGUAUUCUCCACCAGUCAACAAGAUAGUUCUAUAAAUCCUUCUUUAAUGGGCGUAAAUCUAAAUCCUCAAAUGGACAUCUUUUCAUCGCCUCAGACUUUUGAUUCUAUGAAUCACUCUCACCCUAAUGAUUGGCUUAAUAUUGAUAUGCAAACUCAUAUAAGAAAUGAAGAAAAAUCUGUGUUUGAAGACAUAUUUUCUUAA